CGAGGCAAAAAGACCGUUGCCUCGUUGUUGCACACGAUUCUUUAUAUAUGAAGAAUACGUUGAGAGUUUUUUCACGAAAUUGAGGUUAGGGUCGCGUAAUGUCAGAUAUGUUCACGACCGCGCAUGCGCGCAGUACAGAAACAACCACUUUCAACUCCUAGGGCUUGAAAGUGAUCUUUGCAGUACUCCGCACAUGCGCGUUCGCAGACUCACUUGAUCGUCGUAAAAACGAGCAUCUGGUGUACGUAAAAAACGUAUGGAAAAUCGCGUAAAACGUGCUCGCGUUAUAUAAAUUUAAUAUUUCGAAACUGCAAAUAUCUAAGAUUUGCAUAUCUACAUGAACUAAAUUUCGAGGUGCGGAGUGCUCCACAACUAUACCCUAGUAAUUUUGCCGCGCCUGUCAGCCCUAGUACACGAAGGAUGAUUAAUAGUGCGUCCACGAUUCCUUCGUGUCGAAAUCUUCGCAUUGCGUUGCUCUAUCUUAUCCAGUACGUCUUCUGCAGAUGCGUAAUAUGUGCCGGAUAAGAGAUAACUGUUACAAUUGCUCAAGGACGCACCUUGUCGAACUGUUCAAGAGUAGGUAUGUGACGCAGACAAACAGCGAGACGUCAAUCCCUCGUUCAGUCAGUAAACCAAAAAAAUAUCACUGUGACUCGAGGUUACCCGCGGCGUGCUCGCAGUGCGGUUUUGCCGGCUGUGAGUGAACAUUGCUGAGCGUUAACUGGGAACAACGAAAGGUAUCACAACCCUGGUGAACCGUUUAUGAAGGAACGGAAACGAACUUUUUAACCCGGUUGAAAAAUUUCUGCAGGUGUCGAUUGUUCGUUUUAAGGGUUUAUUAAUCUCUAUAUGGUAUGGAAAAGAUGGUCGUUUCAGAGAACAAGCCGCAGGCAAUCAGAGCAGAAUGGGGAGGGGGCUUAGAGUUCCUGAUGUCCUGCAUUGCGACUUCCGUAGGGUUGGGUAACAUCUGGAGAUUUCCUUAUACAGCGUACCAAAAUGGCGGCGGAGCUUUCCUCAUUCCAUACAUAAUCGUCCUACUAAUAGUCGGCAAGCCAUUCUAUUAUUUGGAGGCAAUCCUGGGCCAAUUUACGAGCAAGUCGUGCAUUAAAGUAUGGUCGCUUUCCCCGGCUAUGAAAGGGAUCGGAUAUGGCCAGCUGAUAGCUGCGCUAUGCGUUGUUUCGUACUACACAGUGUUGAUGGCCAUAACCCUGUUCUAUUUGGUGGUCAGUUUCCAGUCGGAACUCCCUUGGGCAACGUGUCGUGAGGAAUGGGGAUCGACUUGUUUCGACUCUGGAGGCUCCGUGAACAUUACUGCAGUUACCGGAAACGGGUCACUACAGAGUUCAGCUGAGUUAUACUUCCUGUAGGAAAUCGACAAACACGCAUCGGCUGUAAACCAAACCGAGACAAAAAAACCAACCGUCGAUCUUUAUUUCAGAAAGGUUGUUCUCAACGAGGUUGACUCCAUUGACGAAGGCAUUGGAACACCAUCUUGGCAGCUCAGCCUCUGUUUGCUUGUCAGUUGGAUCGCUGUUUACAUGGUUCUCUUUCGCGGGGUCAAGAGUUCAGGAAAGGCUGCCUACUUCCUCGCACUUUUCCCCUACGUUGUCAUGAUCGCACUUCUGAUCAGGGCGGUGACCCUUUCCGGUUCCGGGAUCGGAAUCAUGUUCUUCAUUACUCCAGACUGGACUAAGCUUUGGUCACCAACAGUCUGGUACGCUGCCAUAACGCAGUGUUUCUUCUCUCUCAGUGUCUGCUUUGGGGCUAUCGUGAUGUAUUCUUCCUACAACAACUUCAACCACAAGCUUUACAGGGAUGUAAUGAUCGUCACGACCUUGGACACGUUCACCAGCCUCAUUGCCGGCUGCACGAUAUUCGGAAUCCUUGGUAACCUGGCCUACGAAAUGGGGACGGAUGACGUGAGCACCGUAGUUCGGGGCGGAACUGGCCUGGCUUUUAUUUCGUACCCGGAAGCCUUGGCCAGGUUCACGUUCGUUCCCCAGCUCUUUUCGGUCCUCUUCUUCGUCAUGAUGUUGGUCCUUGGAGUGGGCAGUGCCAUGGCGCUCUGUGGUGCGGCGUUCAGUGUGGUUUGCGAUCGGUUUCCUCACGUCAACCAGUGGAAAAUCAUGCUCAUCAUAUCCGUCGUCGGUUAUUGUAUCGGCCUUGUUUACGUCACGCCGGGCGGACAGUGGAUAUUGACCCUUGUGGAUUACUACGGCGGGACAUUCGUCGCCAUAAUUGUUGGGACCGUAGAAAUUCUGACAGUCUUUUGGAUCUACGGUCUCCGGAAGUUCAUUGAUGAUGUGGAAUUCAUGACAGGCGUGAGGCCCGGGAUUUAUUGGAGAGUUUGUUGGAUGAUCGUCACUCCCCUUUUGAUGAUCGUGAUUCUGGUAUACACGGUAGCAAUAUACGAGCCGCCGACAUACAAUGACACUAUGUUCCCAACUUCUGCUUACGCCGCUGGUUGGGCGAUCCUGGGCUUUGCGGUGUUGCAGAUGUUAGGAUGGAUCGUUUAUCAGCUGUAUAUAAAGAAAAGCUCUUCGGUUGCAGAGACAUUCAGGAAUGCUUUUCAACCUACCUCCAAGUGGGGUCCGAACGACCCCAAGCAUCGCCUCGAGUGGGAGUCCUUCAAAGACAUGAAAGCGAAAUCUUCUUCGAACGGACUUUAUGAUCUCUUCUUCAAGUAGCUUUCAUCAAAUUACACCUAGAUCGAAUCUAUGUAUAUGCAUGCCAAUCAUCUAAAUCCACCAUAAUUGCAGUAUCGUUUCGACCACCUUACAAUUUUUCACUCAAACCUUUUAAGAUCGAAUAUAUUCAGCUCACAGUGAGCUUCAUGGCAUGUCACGCGGUUAAGCAAAAAACAAACAGAAUAGAAUAAGAUAACACCUGCAAAAGAAUAAAAAAAUACGCGUCUACUUCCAGUGCAAUUAUUUUGUAUAAUGUAAACAAUGAACUAACUCCAGAUAUACAUUUUUAGAAGCCUGGAAGUAGGGAGUCAAUGCUUAUAGCCUAGGCAGGUGUAAACUUUAUUGACAGCAUUUGGUCGUUUUGGCUUGGUGCGAACGGUUACACGGCAGCUUUGUACAAAGGCCAGUCGUUGGCACGUUUCGCGUAGCUCUACGAUGUUUGCAAGAGUUACAGAUAAACUAAGCGGCGCGCAAACUGCAUGCUUUAAACUUGUGCAAGCGGUGUGCCAACUCGUCCCACUUCAAGCUAUGUGUUCUUGCAAUUUAGUAGGCUUGAGAUUUACUUUCAUUGUCAAACUUUGUGAGGAUAAGAUGUUGCGUACCGUGUUAUUCAUAAUCAGUUGCAAGACGUUUAUGGCGUCUGAAAUGACUUGUGGACGAUGGAAAAUAUCGCAAUAACGCUUAUCUCUAACACAAUUUUACUGCGUGAAUUAUUGGUCAUCGGAUAAAGAUAGUGCUCCCCAAAACACAAUUCCUCGGCGAUAGCCUCAAAUGGGUGAUUAUAGGAUUUGCAAUGUUUAUUGGAUAAAUAAAUUUUUUUUUUACUA